AUGCCUUCAAUUAUCGAUAAGUCAGCCACUUCCAAGAAGCGAAAGAGCUCCAAGGAGAGCGGUGUUCCGUCUUCGAAACGUCGAGCCGUCGCAGAAAAUGCGAGCGCAGAGACCAUGGCGAGGAUACAGCAGUUAGAAGACCAAAUCUCCGAGUCCAGGAAACAUUACAACAACAUCGCGACGCUUAUAUCUAUGCUCAGUGAGGAUGGGUCAGGGGCGAAUCCGGACCUGGCAGUCGCAGUGUCGCUUUGCCGAGUCUUCAGCAGAUUAAUCGCUGGCGGAAAUUUGACAGAGCCUGAGCGUGCCGCGGAGAACGAGAAGAUUGUCGUGCAAUGGCUGAGGGAGCGCUGUCGGGAAUAUCAGCGGUUGCUGGAAUCUAUUGUCCGUGGAAGUGAUGCUUCCUCCCAGAUCACUGCCCUAACUUUAGCCAUGCGCCUCCUCAACGAACGUGCGACACAUAUCCCUGGUGACGACACUCAGGCAUGGACAUCGGGUUUAUUCCGGAACGUUUUCGAAGCUGUGAUUGAGGCCAGAGACGGGCAGGCCUUGCGAUCAGAAUUCCUCGAGAAGUUCUUGAAGCCCUACGACGAUGUCGCCUACUAUACAUUCAUGCAAGUUGGGUGCGUCUUUGCAGAAGCCGAUUUCACACCCUCAAGUGGUACUAAUGCAUCCCACAGCGAAUACGCUUCAACCGCCCGAAGCACCGAGAUCCUCGAAACCCUCGUCACGAUCCUCUCAACCUGCGACACUGUCCCCACCCCGGAGCACAAAUACACAAACUUCUACAGCAAAGCCAGCAAGCAAAACAAGAAGCUGCUCUCCGUUAACUCCCAUAAAAAGCGCGCCCAGGACGCCUGGCUCUCCAUUCUCCGCAACAAUCUCUCCCAACCGCUCCGCAAAACCCUUCUCCGCAUCAUGGUCCACCACAUCGAGCCCUGGUUCAACCGCCCAGAACUCCUCAUGGACUUCCUCACAGACUCCUACAACGUCGGCGGCGCAACCUCCCUCCUCGCCCUCUCAGGCCUAUUCUACCUCAUCCAGGAAAAGAACCUCGACUACCCGCAAUUCUACCCGAAGCUCUACUCUCUGCUCGACGCCGACCUCCUUCACUCAAAACACCGCUCCCGCUUUUUCCGCCUCCUAAAUACCUUCCUUGCCUCUACUCAUCUUCCUGCAACGCUUGUCGCGAGCUUCAUCAAGCGGCUUUCUAGACUAGCGCUCAAUGCACCGCCGCCAGCUAUCGUUGCGAUCGUCCCGUUCAUCUAUAAUCUCUUCAAGGAUCACCCGACUUGCACAUUCAUGCUUCACCGCGUCAUUCGAGACAAGGAGCUCCAAGCAGAGCUAGAAGCAGAAGGCAUGGACGAUCCGUUCGACCCUGAGGAGUCUGACCCAGAUCAGACCGGGGCUAUUGAGAGUAGCUUGUGGGAAAUUGAGAGUCUGCAGUCUCAUUAUCAUCCGAACGUGGCGUCUAUUGCCCGAAUCAUAUCCGAGCAGUUCACGAAACAUAGUUAUAACCUGGAAGACUUCUUAGAUUAUACCUAUCAGGGUAUGUUGCAGGCGGAGUUGGGCACCGGAGAGAAGCCGCUCAAGAAAGUUCCUGUCGUGGAAUACCAGAUACCGAAGCGUAUAUUUACUGAUCGUUUGCUGGAAGAGGAUGGGGGCGUGGAUACGGCUCCAGGCAAUCUGCUACGAAAUUUGUGGGAUUUCUCAUAA